AUGGGAAUACAUAUGGACGACAAUAUUCAUGCUCCGACAGUGGCCUCCGGUCCUACAACGACCGGAGGGUCUGAACGCGAUCCGGCCAAGCUCUCCAUGGUCGAAUUGAUGCAGGAAAAGGAACGUAUUGAAGAGGAGCUUUCGGCGUUAAGCAGUGUUCUUACUUCUGUGAGUGGACAGAUGGCUACUACCCUCAAGUACAUAUCUAAUCAUUUGGGUCUUUCGCAGCAUGGAGUUAACAUGAAUUCAUCGCUGACUACCUUCGACGACUUCCCACGAGCCGAUAUCGACGUUGCCCAGAUCCGCACAAUACGCGCGAAAAUCAUUCGACUCCGCUAUGACCACAAAGAGGUCAUGAAAUAUCUCGAGAAGGGUAUUCACGAUCAUUUUUCGAAUCUCCAUCACGCGCAAGGCGGUACAUCUUCUUGGAACGCAAUCCAGUUUGACUGGCAAUUCUUCGUCGGAUGCCUGAUGCUUGGGCCACCAUUCGCGAGAGUAAACAGUGUCGCAGCGGCAAGUCCUGCGGAUCAGGCUGGCCUGAAAGCGGGAGACAAGAUACGCAGCUUUGGGGCCAUUAAUUGGAUUAAUCAUGAGCGUCUUUCGAAGGUGGCCGAAAUGGUCCAACAAAAUGAAGGGACCACCUUCGUCAAGCGCCACCUUACUGGCGAGUUCGAGAAGAAGUAUAUCGCAACUCUCGGUGUCGAAGUGCACCCUCUCACUUUCAGCACCAACCUGGGAACCAUCCAGUUCGACGUGUGGGAUACUGCCGGUCAGGAGAAGUUCGGUGGUCUGAGAGAUGGAUACUAUAUCAACGGCCAGUGCGGUAUCAUCAUGUUCGAUGUUACCUCCCGUAUCACCUACAAGAACGUCCCCAACUGGCACCGUGACCUCGUCCGUGUCUGCGAGGGUAUCCCCAUCGUGCUGUGCGGCAACAAGGUCGAUGUUAAGGAGCGUAAGGUGAAGGCCAAGACCAUCACCUUCCACCGCAAGAAGAACCUCCAGUACUACGAUAUCUCCGCGAAGUCGAACUACAACUUCGAGAAGCCCUUCCUCUGGCUUGCCCGGAAGCUGGUCGGCAACCCCCAGCUGGAAUUCGUUGCUGCCCCUGCUCUUGCUCCCCCCGAGGUCACGGUCGACCAGGAAGUUCUCAAGCAGUACCAGGCGGAGAUGGACGCUGCCGCCCAAAUGCCUUUGCCCGACGAGGAGGAUGCCGACCUGUAAGCGUGAAUUAAAUGGAUGGAUGGGGCUGGACAACCGUUAUGGCUGUGGUCCCUCCCAACUUAUUGGGUUCGUUAUGCAAGGUCUCGAAUUACGAUACAACGAUAGCGGUCGGAGGAUGGGCCUGAGGAUGACGGGGGAUGAUUAUGCGUUUUCCAUAUAACUACUAGUAGUCUAGACUCUCCACAAAGUUCUUGAUUUUU